GGGUUUUCAUACCAAUUUUAGGGUUUUGAGACCGGUUCCGAUUCUUAUUAAGUUUAAGGAGAUUCCAACUAGGGUUGAACCUAAUUCGAUUCAGUUAAAAAAGAGUUGAAUCGACAGCUAAAAAGGCACUGAUUAAGUCCAUGAAAAGUCAUCCACGUGUCAAAGUUUUAAACUGUUAUAGGUUUAUAGCACCUCUCGCGGCACGUUGGUUGGGAUUCUCCCUAUUUUCUGCCACGUCGACACAAAUCCCUGCCAGCUAUAGUUCCAGUCCAAGAAAGGAAACUUCCUUUCUGGUUUUUUUUUUAUGCAUAAGAAUUGAGGUUGGAGAAUCAUCAGAUGUGAUGGGUCUACGUAAAGGCUCUAUGCCUGUUUGCCCCAGAAAUCAGCAUUGCUCACAAUGGGCUAGAAUCUAUAUGAAGUUUUGUCUUUGCGGUGUAAAAGAUGGAAUUUCAUUAGGUCUGGGUUUGGUUAGUGUGAUCAGCUGGGGUGUUGCUGAGGUGCCUCAAAUCAUCACAAAUUACAAGGAAAAGUCAACAGAGGGACUUUCCAUCGCUUUCUUACUGACAUGGAUAAUUGGAGAUCUUUUCAACCUUUUUGGCUGUUUGCUGGAGCCAGCCACUCUUCCGACACAAUACUAUAUGGCAGUGUUGUACACAAUUACUACUGUGAUACUGACAUCACAAACUAUAUACUAUCGUCACAUCUAUCACCGCCUGAAAUCCCGUAGACGAGACCAGAAGAGUAGCAUGCUUUUGCAAAAAGAGACGGUUGAUAAAGAAAGUAUCGUUGAUGAGAAUCAAACCAAGAUUAGUGAUGGAGUACUAAGAGUGAGCUCACCAAUUGCAGUCAUUUCUCCUGAUGGCUCCCAUGGAAGAACAUUUUAUUAUAUGUCAGCAAGGUCUUUGUCAAAGAGUCCUACACCUAUGCCAGGAGCAUAUAUAGCAAGAUCUCCAAAUACUAUUCUUGGUCGACAUUCUCUUCAAGAGCCCUUGCUUAAUGAAAUUGUUUCUACAAGAUCUGCAUCAGCUGUGAAAAAUAAAAGUAUUCUUUGUGUGGUAUCUGCAAUGACAUUAUUCAUCAAAAUGUUUGGUCUACACUCUUCUGACCAUAAUAGAUCUGACAUCUCUACAAACAAACCAGCUGGAGUCGUAAUUCAUGUAGGAAGAAAGCUUUUGCAGACUGGUGGAGGAUUAUUAUUGCUAAAUGAAGUUGAAGAAAACAGUGGUAUCGGAACCUUUCUUGGUUGGGCCAUGGCAGCUAUAUACAUGGGUGGACGGCUUCCUCAGAUUUUCUUAAAUAUUAGGAGAGGCAAUGUUGAGGGGCUGAAUCCAUUAAUGUUCGUCUUUGCUUUAGUUGGAAAUGUAACAUAUGUGGCAAGCAUACUUGUGAGCAGCAUGAGAUGGUCGAAAAUCAGACCAAAUAUGCCGUGGCUGGUGGAUGCAGGAGGAUGUGUGCUUCUGGACUUUUUUAUACUUCUUCAGUUCAUCUAUUACCAUUACCGGAAACCCAGCACCCCGAAGAGUAAGCAUGGUGAACUCAGUACAGCUUAGCUGAUUUCCAAGUAUUACAGACACUCGUCAUUGCCUCGAUGAUCAGCUUAGGUUCAUUCAUGAAGUUGGUAUGGACUCGUGAUGUUGAUGGAGCCAAAUGAUCAAUCGCCAAACUGAACGAGUUUUUCUGCUACAUUCACAUGCUAACACAUCAACGUAGUGUUAAGCUCUCUUUUUCUCCUUUUUGUUUCCCAGUUUUAACAAUAGGACCUACUCUAGCUUCUUACCACAUUAGAAAUAACUAUGAAAAAUUAUUGGUUACUAAAUUCUAACAUGUAAGAAAUUCCUAUAUUCUCUGAUUAUUUUCCAUUUUGUGCAACUGAUCCUACUUUGAUGCACUUAUUGAGUUGAGAUGUCAAGGCAAGAGAAGACUGUUAUCUUCAA